UCGGCGACCGGGACAAGGUAGGGCAACAAAUCGGCUCCGCCGCCGCCGCCACACAAGACUGGCCAGGUUGGGAGCGACUCCUGCCCGGGACGGCGAUGGCCACUAGGGGCGGCCGCGAACGCAGCGAGAAGGGCGGGGUACCCUCCGGGAAAGAGGGCGAUGCAGCAAGGGCGUCCUUCUCGUUGGGCGCCGGAUGUCGCCGUCGGUGGUAUGCAGGAUGACCCAGGAGACGGAUGCGCAUCUCUGCCGGCUGCAUCUGCGGCAGCUCGUCGCCCGGGGACUGUGGAGCAACGCCCUCAACUACCUCCGCCGCUUCUUCGACCCCGACGCGUCUUGCACCCUGGACCUCGUCUGGUUCCUCAACGCGUUCUGGGUCUUGGACAACAUGGCCGCCAAGCAUGGCGCCAUGAGGACCGGCGCGGCCGUCUACUACCACGACGUCAGCUUAUCGACUUACCUCAGCCGCAACGCCAAGCUCAGCUCCAUCAUCAACACCAUAGCCAACUCUCAGCAGUUCAGGCUCUCCCUGGACUGGCAACUUGUGAGGAGAAGGGCGUCGUUUGUGGUCUACCAAUUGCUUCUCGAGUCUCCAGAGUUGAGACGCCUGCUGAUACUGCCGCGGGAGACACUGAACCCGCAACAACUGCUUCCAAUUGGCCCUCGUCGUCCAAGACGUCACGUGAGGAAACAAGCCCGGCGGCCGACAGCAACUGCCAUGGCCAGGCUCUAUCUCAACACCAAGAGGAGCCUGUUCAGUUCCGAAAGCCCACAUCCUGCACUGCUAGCAGAGUCUUUGAAGAGGGUGGCAGAUCUUAUCGAUCAAUGUUUAAAAGAUGGUAAACGCCCGGAGCCCCAUAAAGGGCGCCUACUUCAGUCAAUUUGUAUGGAAGGUACUCCAGUCUCACAGCCAACUCAAAACUUUGGGAUAUCAUCUGCAACAAAUGCAGGUGCUCCUAGUGCUCCAUUCUUGAAGAACAAUCGUGGUACCCUGACAAAUCCUGCCACAAACAUUGGGACCUAAAGCGGUUAUCAGUGACAAGUGCAGGUAGAAUUAACCAUCUGAGUGAUGAUGGGUCUUGCACCAACAGUGCUUGCCAGCGUUCCGCUCCAGGAAAAAAUCCGAGGUCAGAACUGACAAAUGUUGAGAAGGAUGAUCCUGAUGCGAAAAUGCAACGGACCUGCAUCAAACUGGCUGAAGCUGGAUUUUGCACGGUGAACUAGACGGGCUAAUCGUGUGGUGGCAGUGUCCUUACUUCUGGUGCUCCUGUCUACGUGUAGAGACAUGUCCAUUAGCUUCCGAAUGCUGUUGGAGAACACUAUUAGGUUGUUUUGCUACUAUUUGCACUAUGUUAAAUUAAUUAACUCGAGUCUUGCAAGUCUCAUAGCCAGAGCAUCUAUUCUGUGUAAGCUCCCGCGUGAAUUGUGUCGGAUUGGUUAGCUUUUCAUGUGUGACCUUAUCAGUUACAGUAUCCGCUAGUUCUAAAUUCUGCCUGUCAGACGGUACUGUUGCUGUCCCCUUUGCUGAAAUCAAUUGAAGAUAAGGUGUCUUGAUACUUCAUCAGAAA